AUGCGCUACCAAACAUGGCGAAUAAACAAACAAGAAAUAAAUCAGAUGAGACUGGAGAUGAUAGGACGACGACCCUUGACCUCCGCCCCCCAUCUGUUCCUCGGCGAAACGGGAACAUACGUUUUGUGCAUGAUGAGCUCCACGGAUAAUACGGGGCUCGUUUUGUUCCAAAUUACUUGUAAUUAGUUCGUCUUUCCAACUUUCAUCUCCGUCGGCCCGACAACUUUCAACACUUUUCGACUCUCAAACCAACUAUUUUCCUACUUGUUUUCCUCAAAGUCCACCUAUUUUCAGAUAUGAAAACAAAAGACCUCUAUAGGGACUACUUGAGCUUUAGGGGUUUACGGGUCAAACUCUAAAUAGUUAUAUAGUCUAUUCCGCGCCAGCUUGUCACGUUUUUCUUUCCUCCAAAAAGACAGUAUACCAAAUUAGAUCAGAUUUCUGCUUUUAUAACGGCAAGAAACAAAGGUCUUGAAGCGAAAGUUGGUUAAAUUUGACCUGGCCUUUUGGCGGCAAGAAAAACGUGACAAGCUAGCGCGGAAUGGCCUAUAGGACCAUCUAAAUUUAACUUCACUAGGAGCCCUAUUUCGUCGCCUAUAGGAACUGUUUUCCCCCAAAACCCUCUAGGGGACCCUCUGGCGCUUCUGAGUAAUUUAUGAUUGAAAAAAACGCUUUCCCUUCCCAACCAAGAAAUUUAUGAAGUUUUGAAAAAGAAGAUAGGUUUCGGCUGAAUUUUACUGCAAGUUCAGCUUUCUCUCUCAAAUUCCAUUUCUUCGAAAUUUCAAUGUCUUUACGGUUUCUCCCAAGCUAUCUGAUUUUUGAUCAAUUCAAUUUUGAUUCUAUGGCUUCUUUCGAAAUUAAAAAAAUCAUUUUAAGAAUCGUGGUCUAUAAAAAAAUGCAAUCUAAUGCAAAAAGACAUUAUUUAGAAAGUUUAAAUGUCUUUUUCGGUUUUCUCUGCAGUUUUUUUUAGAUAUAUUAGAACGUUCAUAUUUAGUCUCUGUCAUGUCAUAUCUCUAAAAAAAUCAUAUAAUUGAAAAAAAGUAGUGAUCAAAAAAAUGCAAGCUAAUACUGGAAACAAGAUUUUUUUCUGAAAAAGUGAAAUAAAUCUUUUUGAAGUAGAUUUUUUUUGCUUGGUUUUUUUAGUUUAAGCAACUUGGUUAUCAUGAAAAUAAAAAAAGCUCGAAAAUUCUCUUUUUCUCGAUUUUUAUGGCUGGAAUUUUCAUAAUGUGCAGCGCUAUAAUUCACAGUAUCCUUUUACAUUUUACAGUAUGCCGAUCUCGGCAAAAGACAUUCUGAAGAAUUGGUCGCCUUGGUUGGCUCUGUUGCUUUCCUGCGCAGUUAUCGUCUACCAAUAUGAGCGAAUCGAAAGCUUACAGGUUUUUUUUUCCUGAUUUUCCCGGUUAAAAUCGGGUUUUUUCUUUACAAGUCGUAAAUGAAUUUCUUAUUUUCGUUGGUUUUCUGCUCCUAAACUUUCAUGAAAAAGGGAGACAGCGAUAAAAGGAAAAAUUUAGAGAACCAAGAUAAGAAUUUUAAUAAAACUAGGAUUUUUUGAUUUUUAUUAUCCGUGGAGCGCGAAAUCCGUUUGAAGAAAAAAAGACUUCAAUGGCAGUUUUUUUCGGCUAUAAUCCACAAAAAAAGUCUAGACCAAAAUCAAGCAUUUUUGAAAAAAAAUUCGUAAAUCCUUCAAAUUUCAGGACAAGCUGGUGGAUGAAGUCUCUCGAGAUUAUUUUCGAAAAAAAAAGAAGACCUUUAUUGGAAUCAUUGCAAAAGUUUAAUUUUUUCAGAGCAUCAGAAAGAAAAGAGACCUCUAUCAACGCGACACGGAGCUUUUCCUGCCCCUAUUUGCUCAAAUAUCGGUAAUCGUAUGUAUUUAUAACAAGUCUCGAUUAUGAUAUUAAGGAUAGGAUGUUACACAAUUAUUAUAGUGGAUAAAUUCAUGAGUACAAUAAAAUAAUAAUAUAACGCGCUGCUGUUUUUAGAUUAUUUCAAACGCUUGAAAGUUCGCUGAAAGCUGCAAUAAAUAGCAAAAAAAGGUGUUAACAACAAAUAAUAGAACUAGUUCGUUGAAGCAAACCCCAGGCUUAGAAUUGAAGUUAAAACAGUUAAACUUAACAAUUCUUCAGAGAAAGCAUUUCCGACGGAUCUGUGCCCAGAACUCGAAUUACUUGGAGAAAUCAAUAGUAAAGUCGAAAACCGAGGCUUCGUCUAAAAAACUGGAAAACUCCGUGGCAAAAACGACAAAAUCUUUGACGACAAAGAAGAAAAGUAUGUUGAAAACGCCGAGGAAUCGCUCAAAGCGUCGUUGCAACCGACCAAAAGAGCUCAGACGCAUCAAUAAACGUUUAGCAAGGUUCAAGGCGUUGAGUUUUUUUUUUUCGCAAAACGCUUGUUGAUGCGUCUGAGCUCAAGUCGUUGUUGGUCGGAGGCAAUUCAAUUCAGCGGCGACGAUUUGAGACAUUCCAAAUCAUUUUUUUGAAGAUCUCUGAGAACUAUAUAAUCAUUCAGAAUGCGACCCAGGCGUUACUUUUGGACGGCCCGAGCUCGUCGCAUCCCGGCCCAACUCCGAAGGAGCCGCCCUUCGAGACGGCGAUUCUUGGCACGUCUUCGAGUACUCCAACGGCUACACCAUGCUAUCUUUCGUCGAUGGAAAAUCUCUGAACGAUUCCAACCCGUUGCAAGUCUAUCAGCUACCGUACGCUUUUGAUGGCACCGACAAUACUGUAUCCAAUGGAACUGUUUACUUUUCCCAUGAUGAGGAUCUUAUCGGAUUCGACUUGGCUAGAAGGACGACUAGGCAGGGGAGGAUUCUCUCGGAGAAGGUUCCUUUUUGAAGAUCUGGAAAUAUAGCCAAAGAGGAAAACAAACAGACGUCGAAAUGCUUCAGAAGCCUCUCUACACAAACUCUUCUUCACGGUUAGAUGUGCAGGUCGACGAACAUGGCCUUUGGGUACUGUAUCGUCAGUCGGGCGAAUCCUAUCUCACUGCAACCCGACUACAUCCAGCUUCUCUCGUUGUGAGUUUUCAAUAAAAAUUCAUUUUCAAAGCGGAUUGAACCAAAAAAAAAGUCUAAUUUUUAUCAGAAAAAAAAGUAGGUAUAGUCCGUUUUCCGCGAAUUGAAAGAACUUCUCUGCGCCCUCCUCGUCUCUCGACGACCCUCUCUUGUUGACGCGCUAUUUUUGCGUUUCUGUGACCUCACCAGAGGGAAAAGAGAGAUUCAGAGACUCGAAAACUGUCAUUUCGCGGAGGACGGACUAUAGAAGCUCCUGAAAUGAGAUUCAAAAGACCGGCUUUUCGGUGUGUUCCCAAAAACAACGCAAGUUCAGAUGCUGGCAAGCUGGUCUUUGGCGGAUCUCCCAUUGGAAAAUCUCUGCAACACGUUCGUCCGCUGUGCCGUUUUGUUUGCCGUCAGAUGCCCUCCGGACGGUGACGUCACAGCCCAGGCGGUGUACGAUUUCCACUCGCACACCUACAUCAACGGACGGACUUACCUUUGGAAAGGUCGGCUUUUUGGCCUAAUGAGAAGAAGAAAAAACUCCAAGGGUUCAUAUAAUUCACACAAUUCCCAAAAUUCCAAGUUAAUGAGGACAAAAAGAAAAAAAUAUGUGAGAGAAGACGAAGAUAGGGAGUCGAUCAAUUUUCAAGCUUAAAAAUGCCAGAAAUCUCGAGUCUUUCCCAAACUCUCUAUUUCUUCGAGAUUUCCUUUAAAGCAUCAUAAUGUUGGUCAUUUUCUUCCUUCCUAAAUCAAAAUAUUCCAUUUCAAAGUUUAUUCGAGCAUUGUAGAUCCCUCACUUUGAUACUAAAAACAUCUAUUUUUGGGAAAACGAUUUCAAAAAACUUCUGAAAUCAGAGAAAGAAUAACUUUUUGUUGAUUUUACUUGAAAAUUUUGAAAAUUCCAAAUGAUCUGCCCUCUUCUCACACAUAGUGUAGUUUUUCAGGAAUCAGCGGACCCGUUUCUAGUGUUCAGUACGAUCCGACUAGCCAUGCUGUCGCGGUUUUCGCUUCAGGAAAUAUCUUCACAAUCCCUACCACUAAUUAA